UCAGGUGUUGUAAAGUCACAUAUGGAUUAAUCUCAAUAAAUGAUCAUUUUCCAACAAUUUAUUUGUAUAAAAAUAAGACUAGAACAUAUGACGAGUUGAAUUUUAGUUUUUAAGGAUUCUUCCCUCUUCGGUUGUCAUUUGCUCUUGUUCAGUUUGAAUUUGAUAUAUUCAUGAUCUCUUUCUUAAAUUCGUCAAAGAAUCUAUCCAUCUUCUUCAGGUCAAAAAGAAAUCAUAAACUUUACAACACCCAAUCAAGAUCCAUUCCGAUAACCUCCCCUGUUCCCACCCAUGACCAGAUUUCCCACCUCAUAUUAGAUCAAAAGUCAGCAUCCGAAGCUCUCAACACCUUCAGAUGGGCGUCCAAACUCCCCCAUUUCACCCACACCCAAUCCACCUACAGAGCUCUUGUCCACAAGCUCUGUACUUUUCGUCAUUUCGACACCAUCCACCAACUGCUCGAUGAAAUGCCCAGCUCAAUCGGCUCACCCCCAGACGAUACUGUUUUCAUAACCAUCAUCCGUGGGUUAGGCAACGCUCGAAUGGUCAGACAAGUAAUCAAUGUUCUUGACUUAGUUUCAAGAUUCAAAGAAAAACCUACCCUGAAAAUCUACAACUCAAUACUCGAUGUUCUUGUCAAGGAAGAUAUUGACAUAGCCAGAGGCUUUUACAGACACAAGAUGAUGGCUUGUGGUGUUAAAGGCGAUAUGUACACUUUCGGGAUCUUAACAAAGGGACUUUGCAUGACAAAUCGCAUAUCAGAUGCUUUUAAGCUUUUACAAUUCAUGAAGAAAAACAGUAUCCCCCCAAACACUGUCAUAUACAACACCUUGCUCCAUGCUCUUUGCAAGAAUGGGAAACUUGGGGUAGGAAGGGCCAGGAGUUUGAUGAAAGAGAUAGUAGAUCCAAACAGUGUCACUUUCAAUAUCUUAAUAACCGCAUACUGUAAACAAGAUAACAUAAUUCAAGCACUUGUGAUCUUAGAAAAGUGUUUCAAUCUUGGAUUUGUCCCUGAUGUCAUCACAAUAACCAAAAUAAUGGAACUUUUAUGUAACAAGAAUCGUGCCAUGGAGGCAGUGGAGGUUUUAGAAAGGGUAGAGAAGAAAGGUGGCAAGAUUGAUGUGGUGGCUUACAACACUCUUGUGAAGGGUUUCUGUAAAGUCAAGAAACCAAAGGCUGCACAUAGGUUUUUAAAGGAGAUGGAGUUGAAGGGUAUCCUUCCAAAUGCAGACACUUAUAAUUCUUUGAUAUAUGGAUUUUGUGAGUUGGGUUUGUUCGAUUCGGCUCUUGAUAUGUUUCAUGAGAUGAAAAGGGUCGGGGUCAUUUGGAAUUUUGAUACAUUUGAUAUUUUAAUUCGUGGGUUUUGUUCAAAAGGAAGGGUAGAAGAUGGGUAUAAGAUUUUGGAAGUAAUGGAGGAUAGUAAAAGUGGUUCUUUAAAUCAUAUAAGUCCUUAUAACAGCAUCAUAUAUGGUUUCUAUAAAGCAAACCGAGUUGACUCGGCUCAUGACUUUUUAACCAAGAUGGGGACAAAAUUUCCGAGAAGUGUUGAUAGAAGCAAAGAGAUAUUAACAUUUUGCAAGGAGGGUAGAAUGGGAAAUGCGAAAAAGAUAUACGAUGAGAUGAUUCUAGAAGGUGGAGUCCCAAGUGUUCUUGUUUAUAUAAGUUUGAUCCGAGGGUUUUGUGAAGAAAACAUGGUGAGAGAUGCUUUUGAGAUUGUGGAUGUGAUGGUGUCAUGUGGUUAUGUUCCUGAUGUUUUGAUUAUUGGGGAUUUGAUUAAUGGGCUUUGUGGUGAGGGUAAAGUUGGAAGUGCUAUGCUAUUUUUGGAGGAUAUGAUUGGAAGAGGUUGGGAGGUGGAUUCGGGUAGUUAUAGUCCUUUGAUUGAUGGGUAUUGUAAGAGAGGGGAUUUGCAUAAGGGGUUGAUGUUGUUUAUGGAGAUGGUGGAAAAGGGAAUUGUUCCUGAUUAUUUUGCAUGGAAUUGUGUAGUUGAGUAUGUUGUUAGGGUAGUAGAAGAAGGGAAUAAAUUGUUGGAAUGCCUCAUUGAAACCUAAUUACGAAUAUGAAUUGCUGGUUUUUUACAUGUAGAAUGAUUUCAAAUAUGGAUGAUUUAUGUAAUUGACUUGACUCGGUGAGUGAAAUAGAUAAUAGUUAAAAUGAAAAGGGUGAUGAAUUGAGAAGGAUCAUAAUUUUUUACAUUGAUUGAUAAUAUAUGAUAGUAUAAAUUAAAAAGAGAAAGUAAGAAAAGUUGAAAAUGAUACAAAAAUAAUGGGAUGGAUACAUGUGUGUUUGUUUGAUUCCAUUUCCAUCUACAUUUUUUUAAAGAAGGGAUAGAGCAACCAACCACUAUACACAUGUGCAUAUAUAUGUAUAUGUAUUGUAUGAUAUGAUGCAAUACCACAAAAAACGAUCAUAACAAAAGUCAAACAUAGUACAAAUCAAAAAUGUAAUUGUUAUCUUCUUCAAGAUUCACCAAACUGCCUGUCUUGUAGUAUUUGUCCUAGGUUAUUGUACAACACCUUUUGCUCCUCGUAUGACAGAUUCAUCACAA